AUGUACAGGAACAAUGUCUCUGACCCAUACAAUUACAGUCCUAUUUCAGGACAUGUGGAUGGACAGAAAGGAGAACCUUGUAUUGAAAGAGACAAUUUCUUUCCUCCUGUAUCAUACUAUGCUUCUGUGAUAUCACAUCUGCUUAGUCAGCCAGAAGCUAGCAGUGAACUGGAUCCAACCUUUUUCCUCCCGUCCUCACAGAAAAAUGAACUGCUGUUCCAAAGUGGCGGGAACAGUACAUUUUCUAAGGAAGCUUCUACCCUUAGCCAAUUGCCCCUCUAUGGGAUGAGUAACUCUAGCCAGUUUGGUAACGAACAUUUGCAAGCAAAAAGGGCCAGGGUAGAGAAUAUUAUCCGGGGCAUGAGCAUCAUGCCAAACUCUAUUGUGCCCAGUAUCUUUGAGGAAUCAGAUGAACACCACACAGAGAAGGAAAAGAACUACAGAGAGAAUAAGAGAAAGCAGAAACUUCCUCAUCAACAAAGUCCACAUGAAGCUCCUCUGGUAAGAUCUGGUAAAAGCAACAUCCAAGCAGAUGAAUGUCUACAACUGAAAAAACAGCUCCUUGUUUUGCAACAUCAGAUGAAGCAACUUGGAAAGAAGUUUCUUCAACCAUCCAAUCUUAGUGAUUCCAGUCAAAGCCAAGGAAGCGUGGAGAAAACUAUGUACUUGCUGAAGGAGAAGUUAGGUCAAUGUUUGGAUGAUGGCAGUCAAGCCAUUGUAGGUGACCAGCACCUAAGUCAUUUAUGGAGAAUCAUCCCAAAGGUGGAAGGCUCCAAACUGUCAGAAAAAGAAGCUGGAAUGAUGGGUUCCAGUAUUCCGACUUCAGAAGACAGUACACUUUCAGAGAUAUUAAAACAUGAAUUAAUCCAGGUAGUGACACAGGCUGUGGACUCUGUUUUUAAAAACGUCUUGCCUAAUUCACCUGGCAUUCCAUCCCAGUUGUGCAAUGCCUCCCAGGAGACAGUGUCAUCUACAGGGAGAGAAUUUAGUGGUGCUGGAGAAAAGAUCUCCAGAAAAUGGCUUCCUAAAUUUUCAUCCCAUAAAGGUUCCACAUCACGAACCACAGAAAAGCCUCCAGGAUUUCCAGCUUAUCCCAUCAGCUCAAAAAUGGAGAGAAAAACACAAGUGAAUUGUCCCUUGAUCAUGACCUCUGAAGUUCAAAGAAAUGGUAUUCUUAACCAAAUGCUACUAUGUCGUCAAAAUGGUCACUGGGGUGACCCUUCUCCAAGAACAGUCUCUUCUCCAGAAUCCUUAGAUGUGCCCUGGCAACCAAUCAAACUCAAGUCCUCUGUCAUGCGACACCAACGAUAUCCAGUGUCCUUAAAAUCUACUGAAAUGGAACGUUUGGCCUCUCUUGCAGCUUCAAAAGCGGAGUUUUCUGAAAUGUGUGCUGCAGUGGACGAGAUUCCUUUCCCCUCAGCUCAUAUUCAGGAAGCUUUGACCCCUGGCCACCUGAGAAAGGCUAAGCUGAUGUUCUUCUUCACUCGCUACCCCUCAUCUUCUCUGCUGAAAGCCUACUUCCUUGAUGUUCAGUUCACCCGCUGUAUCACCUCCCAGCUCAUCAAAUGGUUCAGCAAUUUCCGUGAGUUUUACUACAUCCAGAUGGAAAAGUUUGCCAGGCAAGCCCUCUUAGAUGGAGUCACAGAUCAUGAGAACCUCAUCAUUUCAAGGGACUCUGAGCUCUUCCGCACUCUCAAUACACACUACAACAAAGGGAAUGAUUUUGAGGUUCCUGAUGGCUUUCUGGAUGUUGCUAACUUGACCCUUCGGGAAUUCUUUGGUGCUAUCAAAGGAGGCAAGGACUUAGACCCUUCCUGGAAGAAACCAAUUUACAAAAUAAUUUCCAAACUAGACAGCAAGAUCCCAGAUACAUUCAAAUCCUCUAGCUGCCUCCAGGAGACAAUCCAGGGUUAA